GCCUCUUUUUGCUUCGCAACGCAAUUCAACCAAUGUAUAGGACAGGACCAAGAUAUCCAUCGAAUGCUAAGAAAGCAUCCCCUUCAACCCAAUGCCAAAAUUGUCUGGACUACGGACACUGGACCUACGAGUGCAAAAAGCCAAAGAGCUACAAAGCUCGACCAACACGUACGCAGCAGCUGAGUAAACCUAUCAAACUCCAAGAACCAGAAGUUCCUGCCGAAUUUCUAGACAAGAGAGGAUUAGCAAAUAAGCUACUUUCAAAGAAACGUGAUGAAAAGAAUGGAAAAGGAAAGAAACGAAGAAGAUCUUCUAGUUCAUCUUCAUCUAGUAGUGGAUCUUCUUCAUCGGGGUCCUCAUCGAGCUCAGGUUCUGAUUCCGAAAGUGAUUCGUCAAGCGAUUCCUCUAGCAGCUCGUCAAAUUCGUCACGUUCAAGUGGGUCAAGGUCAAGGUCGAGAUCCAGAUCCAGAUCUAGCUCACGUUCUCGCUCUCGUUCCAGCUCUCGAUCACGUUCAAUUAGCACAGAUUCCCGUUCAUCAAGAAGUCGCUCCGUUUCAUCAUCAUCUCGAUCACCGCCGAGAAAGAGACGCCAUUAAGCUAGUUUUGCAAUAAUAAUAGUUUCAUCAUUUGAACAUUCAUGAGUGGGAAGUACUGAUGGUUGAAAUGGUGCAGAUGUUUAUAUACCGAGUCCGGCUCUCUUUUUUCUAAUAACGGCUUGUAUAGGAGCCUUGAUGCCUGUAUUUUUGGCACCGAGACUAUCGCCUUCUUUCCAGCUAAA